CUGUCAUUGCUUAAGCUUCAAAGCAAAGCAGUUCGUGAAGAGUUGGCACCACUGUUGUGGCACUCUUUUGGUGCUGUCACCAUACUUCUUCAGCUUUCCUCUUCUUGUUCCCAGGAAGUAAUUUCAGUGUACCGCUUCAUGCCUAACAACCUUACAGAAAAACAAUCAAAUCGUGUCUGCAAUGCCCUUGCUUUGUUUCAGGGUAUGGCUGCGCAUCCUGAUACAAAGCAUUUGCUUAUGAAAGCUAACAUACCCAUGUAUCUCUACCCAUUCCUUGAUAGCACAAACAAAGAGAAACCUCAUGAGUUCUUGAGGCUUACUAGCUUGGGAGUUAUUGGUGCCCUUGUCAAGGUUGAUGAUCCAGUUACUACAAGGUUCCUGCUGGAAUCUCAAGUCUUCCCCUGCUGCCUACGCAGCAUGGAGUUUGCGGAUCAUCUGCUGUCGAAAACUGUGGCAACCUUCAUAGUUCACAGGCUCAUACUGAAUGACGAAGGGCUGAGGUACUGCUGUGCUUUAGCAGACCGGUUCUUUGCAGUGAGCCAUCAGCUGGCCAAAAUGGUGGAACAGCUUGCCAAUAGCAACGAAAUGAUGCUCGGUGGGGAUACUCCGAAACGCCUUCUCAAGCACAUCAUCUGGUGUUACCAGAGGCUCUCUGAAAGCCCAAGGGCGUGCAAUGGACUUAGAACAUGGCUUCCUCUCAGAUUAAGAGACGCUGCAUUCAUCAGCAUCAUUCAAGAUGACGUUACUGCAAUGCAGUGCCUGCAGAGGCUGUUCAAUAACCUUGCUGCGAGGAAUGUGUCUCCACCCCCGGCCAUUGAUAACUUGCUUACCCGGUUGGUCCGCCAUUAG